AUGUUAGGUGAAUAUUGUGAAUUACGAUUACCUAUACAUUAUGAAUUACAGUGGUUAAUUGCUUAUAUAUCACUUGCAUUUGUUGGAUUAUUUUAUGCAAUAUUUGGUUAUCGUUUAUGGCGUUUAACAAUGUUUAUAACAUCAUUUAGUCUUGGUACACUUCUUCUUUAUAUUAUUCUAUCAACACAACCAACCAUGACUGAACCACAAUUAAUUGGUGUAUCUUGUUCAAUUGCAUUAUUAUUUGGUUUAAUAAAUAUAUUAUUACAAUAUGUUGGAUUAUUUAUUAAUGGUUUUACGUUUGGUUUAAUACUUUCAAUAAUUACAUUUAUUAUUUGGGAUAUAAAACAUCGUGCUAAUGGUAUUACAACAUCAUUCUGGUUAAUUAUUGGUCUUAUUUUAAUGUUAGGUCUAUUAUGUGCUAUAUUAACAUUACGUUUUCAAAAAUUUAUGCUUAUUAUCACAUCAUCAUGUUUAGGUGGAGUUUGUCAUGUACUUGUAUUAGAUUAUUUCCUUCAAUUAUCUAUUUUACUUCGUUUUAUACAUAAACGUCUUUUAUUUGAAUUAACAUCGACAUUAUGUAUUCGUCAUUGGAUUAUUGUAUUUAUAUUACCGAUUGUUAUGUUAUUUGGUAUUGUUAUACAAUAUUCAUGUACAGGGAAAGAUUAUGAUCAUCGAGAUUCAUGGCAUAGAGUUAUUAGUGCUGGUAAAAAACGAUAUAAAUCAGCAAAUUUAAAUAAAAUUCGUCGACAUUAUGAACAAGAUACACUUCGAAAACAGAUUAUUCCUGAUGAAAGUAAUCGUUUUAGAUAUUUGUAUCAAAUACGACGAGCAAAUGGUGAUGCACUAUCAUCGGACUUCAUACAAAACGUACGACAACAAAGUUCAACUGUGGUACGCAUGACUAACAAUAACAAUAAUAAUAAUAAUAAUAAUAAUAAUCCGAGUUCAAUAAAUACAACUGGAAAAGCAUCAACAAGAAAAGAUACCGACAGUACAACAACAACAUUAACUCAUUUAAUCUAA